AUGCUCGAUCUCGGACAAACAAAUGAACCUGUUUAUUAUGGUAGUGAUCAAGUACAACGGACAAAUGAAACUCAAUUACGAGAUGUUGAAGAACGACAUGGUGAGCUACAUCAAAUAGAAACUGAUAUUGUUCACUUACAUGAAAUUCAUCGUGAUUUUGACGAACUUGUUAAUGAUCAUGGUAGUGUGAUAGAUAAUAUUGAGUCGAGUGUUUCUCAAACGGAAACUCAUGUCACUGCCGGUGCUAAAAAGUUGGGUCAGACUGUUGAAUUACAGUCAGCAGUUCGUCGAAAAAAAAUUCUAUGUGGUUUAAUUGUAUUUAUUAUCAUCGCCAUUGCCAUCAUUAUUGCAGUCGUGUUUGCCACCAAAAAAAAAUCUUAA